GACCGCAAUCAUGCAAUACGCGCUAUGUUGUGCGUUGUGCGGACACUCGAAGUUCCUGCCAAAGUUGAGAAAAAAUAUUUGAAUUCGCACAUAUUUCUCCUAAAAAUCUAUGGAUAGAUACCAAAGCUGUGAUCAAUAGUUUGAUCCCUGAUGUCUAUGCGUGUACCUCCAUUGGGUGGUGGGGUAGAGAGAGUACGCUCUGUACCUCAUACACGUCUUGAAGAUGAUACAGCGGUAGAGAAACACUACCAAUGCGGUGUUAAGUUAGGUGCUGGUAGUUUUGGUGUUGUCUAUGAAGGAACAUGCCUGAAGACCAAUAAGAAAUGGGCCAUCAAGAUUAUCAACAAGGAGAAGGCUGGUAGUCUUGCAGUCAAGCUUCUAGAGAGAGAAGUAGCCAUCUUGAAGAAAGUCAAUCAUAGACAUAUUAUUUAUCUCAAAGAAGUCUUUGAAACACCUAAGCGAAUGUACUUAGUGAUGGAGAUAUGUGACCAAGGAGAAUUGAACAAGCUUUUCACCCAUGAGGGCGUCUUUUCUGAGGCACACACAAGAACAAUUAUACAGAGAUUAACAAGUGCGGUAGCCUACUUACACAAAAAUGAUAUUGUGCAUAGAGAUAUAAAGCUUGAGAACAUACUUCUUAGUAAGAACCCUGAAGAACAAACAGAUAGAUUGAAUAUUAAGUUGACAGAUUUUGGAUUAUCUGUAGUGAAAGGCGGGGUUGGUAGUGAUAUCCAGAAUAUGUGUGGAACUCCAAUGUAUAUGGCACCUGAAGUAAUAGACAACCAAGGUUAUAGUCAACAGUGUGAUAUAUGGAGUAUAGGUGUCAUCGCUUUCCUAUUGAUGUGUGGUGAGCCUCCAUUCACUGGUCAAGAUGAGGAAAGUCUCUAUGAUUCUAUCAGGAAAGGAGAUCUAGAUUUCUCUACUAAUGCAUGGAAGAGGAUUAGUGAUGAAGCCAAAAAUGCAAUUCAAGGGCUUCUAAAGGUUGACCCUGCUCAUCGUCUGACAGCGAGUGAACUCUUGGACCAUCCCUGGAUCACGGGUGACCGAUCACGACCAAUGAACAAUGGACCUACUAAUGUACUAGAGAUGAUGAAACAAUGGAAGAAUGACUUAUUACUGGAGGAUAAAGAAGAAGAGACAGCAGAUAGUGCUGAUGGAGGGAAUGAUGAUUCAAUGAAUAACAAUGUCAAAGAAAAAGAUAAAGAGAAAGGAAAGAUUAAUCAGCAGUCAGGGUCAUCAACAGCAUCAAGGCAAUCCAAACAGUCUUCAGUCCAAACCAAGAAAACUUCAGGUGUAUCAAGAUCAAAAUUAAGUCCUACUGAAGGUACAUCAUCCAGAACUUCCCGAAGCAGUGGACUCUCUGUUCCUUCUGCAACAAAUGCCAAAUUGGCAACAACGCCCCGAAGUCGGACUACAGCACCAAGCAAAUCACCGCAUAGGACUGUCGGAGGCUCAAGGACAAAACCAACCUCACCAAAAGGUGGUGGGGGAAAUGCAGGACGUGGUGCAAAAAAGAAAGGUUCAGGUAUCAGCUGAGAACAAGCCUAUGGGGUCAGGGGUCAAGUAUAAAUAUUAUCAAGAGUUUUAUAUUGAUCAUGUAUUUAAUAAUGCAAGUUUUGUUUGUGUGUGUACAGAAAUAAAGAAGCCAUUUUCUCUCUUCGUCAGCGAUGAUCUAUUUACAGCUCUAUGCAUGUUCAAGUUACAUUUGGUGAUUAUUGCCAAGUUUGAUUUUGGGGGGGGAUUUUCGAUAAUAUAAUUUAAUAUUUUUAGUUGGUGGUAAUGCCAAUAGUAGAUACCUGGAAAUGUAGUGAGAGGACAAAAUUCUCAGGUACAUAUAUGUACUGUGACGUGAAUACUUAUUGAAUUCCAGCGAUUUUAAUUAUGCCUCUACCAUAAGAAAUUUAAAGGGAAUCAGGAAUCACUCUGGUGGUGGGUUGGGCAGUUAAUUUGUGUCAAAUGAGAAUCAAACAACUUCAUCAAUUGUUAAUUGAAUUGUUGUAACAUUUUGCACACAUAUUGAUCUCGAGGUAAAGAUAUGCAUGAUUGGGUAAAAAUAUUGCAAUUUGAACUACUUCCAGUUUUUGACAGGUGCUCUUGAAAUUUGACAUAAAGAUGGGCAAGAACUAUUUUCCCCAUAUUUUGGAAAUUGUGUUGCCAUGGUAACAGCAUGAGGUAGGAUAUUCAUCCUCUUCAGUGACAUUUCUGGUUUUGGUGAGAUUUUAUGUGAAUUAAAGGCAUUAUUACUUAUACAAAUUGGUUGAAUUAUUUAAAGGAGUAAAUUCAGAUGUUUGAGUUGUUUAACAUGUGUACUAUUUUAAUUCUCUGUUAAUUACAAACCACAAAGAGGAAUUAUUCAUGAGUAGUCAAUUGCCUUUACUCAUAUAAUUGGUAUUUUUUGGAUACCAUUUAAAGAAAAUUAUAGGAGAUUAUUGCCAAAAAUUAUUGUGAUUUUUAUUAAAACUGACCAAGUAUUUUGUUGUAUGAAACUGUAUAUGAAUGACUUUUUACUUUGAACUACAAAUAAAAGACUGGUCCCCCUUUCAACUUGUAGGGCUGGUUGAAGUAACAAUUGUGUUUAACACAACUCAAACACAACUUGAUUCUAGGAUUUUCAUUUUAAUGCAACUCUUUCUGCAUUGGGAUGUAUAUUUUAGGGUCAAACAAUCAACCAACUAUGAAGUUAUUAACAUGUAGUUCACUUCAUAUUAAUACUUUCUAACCCUAUGUUUGAAUUAUUAUUUUUUAGGAUAUGUUUUGGAAGACUAGGGCUUUAUUUUAUGUUUCUGAUACUAAUGCGAUAUAGAACAAUAUUUUAUUUAAUUUUGAUGAGUGUAUAAAUAUGUGCUAUAUUUCAUUUGAUGUGGAGUGAAAAGACACAACCUAAAUAUUUAUACAAAGUAAUAUAAAAUUGAUUUUAUUUUUUUCACUUUAUAUGAGAUUUGUUACCAUAAUUGUCACAGUGAAAAAGGCUUUGUUUUGCAGAAUGGAUGUGUUUGUUGCCUUUCAUUCUAUAAAAUGUAUUGCCUUGAGUGUACAUAACGGUAUGUGGAAUGCCAUUCUUUAAAACUUUAUCAAACUGAAAUGAGUGGUAUUCUGAUUUCACCUCUGAAGGAACACUUCAAUUGCCUAUACCUUGAUGUUCAUUAAUCCAAAACAAACAAGGGUUUGUUAAUCCCAACAUUUGUGGUGUUAUUCUGAAGGUUCAUUAAUACGAGAACAAAAUAUGGUUCAUUAUUUGGAAAGUUUGUUAGUCCAAAAAUGAAAUUAGGUUCAUUAUUUCAUUUUCGUCUAAAAAUGAAACAAGGUUUGUUAAUUUAAAAAUGAAAUAAGGUUCGGUAAUAAACAAAAAAAUGAAAUAAUCUGUGGCGAAACCGGGAAAACGGUAAGGCCAAGUGUGAUGGGAAGGGGGGGGGUAGAAACACUGUUUCAUUUUCAAUUGUUAUGAGGCAAUGUCAUGGCGGAACAUAUUUUCCUUUGGGGGGCAAAGCCAAAAAGAGGGACACUUAUGUAUCAUAAUGGGCUUUUGGUGAUAUUUUCACUAUGAUAUUACAGUCCUUAAAUUUGUCAGUUUGGCCUUAAAAUACCUCUGUGUGAUGUCAUUGUAUGUAUUGUAGUAAUGAAGUUGAGCAAAGCC